AUGGAAUUGAUACUUUCAAUGGAAAAGAAAGCGAUUAAAUUCUCGUCUUCGGAGAACUUAAUCAAUGCGAUAAAUGCGGAACAGGAAUUCUCGAGAUUUCGCCACCUGUGUUCUAAAAAAUUGGAAUACGAAGUAAAUUUGAUACUACAUGGUGACGAUGAAAAACCACGGUAUCAGAUAGCAGUUCUUGACGACCCGAGAGUCAAUGUAUUAAGUUCCUUUGCUGUCUUCAUCGUCCCAGUUGGCAGAGAUCAUGAUUGGUUUUUCGCUACUGAAAGAGGGCGUUUAUCAUUGCGCAGACAAUGCGGUAAGGAUCGGUUGGCUGUUGUUACACUUUAUCGUGACCAAGUAUAUGAAAAUAUGGAGCAGGUUAAGGAUGAAUUGGGUCCAUAUCGUAAAUCAGUGGUUGAAUUUCUUUCUCUUGGCAAAAUUGAUGUUAAAGAAACUCGUGCCACAGGGUAUUCAGAUGUCAACGGGCCAUGGGCAGUGGAAGAUGUCCGCAUACAAAGUUCGAUAUACCGAAGACUUGUCUUUUUGUCUGCCCAAAAUCUAGUACAGUCUGAAGUUAAGCUGAUCCGAAAUAAAAGAGGUUGCGAAAUUGUGGAUUUACAUACAUUAACCUCGGAAUAUCACGAAGGGAUGCUGGCAGCACUACCCUUCAUGUUACGUCCUGGUGAAAAACUGAAUCAUGCAACCAAAUUACGAUUACUUGUUCUUGGAUUAGGUGGUGGUGUUCUGCCUUCUUUUCUGCACAUCAAAUUCCCAUCAAUGUCUGUCGUAGCUGUGGAAUUAGAUCAGAAGAUGGUAGAAAUUGCAAAACAGUGGUUUUCUUUCAAUAGUGAUCCGCGCUUGACCGUUGUAAUCGGGGAUGCUCUCACAUAUGUUGACGAACUGGCGGAAGAAGAAGAUGAAUCACGCUUAUUUGAUGCUAUAUUCAUUGAUGUAGCUGGAAGCACUCACGAAGAUGGACUGAGUUGUCCAUUACCAUCAUUUGUAACGGAGGAUGCUUUGAAGAAAAUGUAUGCUGCACUUCGCAGAAGAGGAGUACUGGCUUUAAACGUGGUAACUCGAAACGACGAUAUUGCUGACCAAAUCAAAGAUCGUAUUUUAUCGGUCUUUUCCUGUUAUUAUAGCCACAGCAGCGAAGAGGACAUAAAUCAGGGAAGUUCUUUUUUGAUUAGGGAUGCUUGUUAGGAAAGUGAACUUUUUUAGCAACAAGGUAGCAAUGUGGAUUCGAUGGCCAGAUCCUUAUUUCAGUUUUCUAAUCUAAUUUUUAUGAUGCGUGGAAUGAAAUCCAUGGAGUUUUUGUUUGUAAUUAAUUAUCUAUCGCCAAAUUCAAUGUAUCAUAGUUUCCUUCAUAUAUGCCAUAAAAAUGAAUAAAAAUGCUCGUUUCUGUUUGUUUUUUUUUCCACUCCAUACCUAAGAUUCUAAAUUUAUUAUUUUGACGAAAUAAAGUUGG